AGGCGGCGAGCCCAUGGAGCGGAAGGGCGGUCCGGACGGUGCCCCGGAGGCUGAGCGGGAGGAGGGGGAGCCCGAGGUGAAGAAGCGGAGACUUCUGUGUGUGGAGUUUGCCUCGGUCGCGAGUUGCGACGCCGCCGUGGCUCAGUGCUACCUGGCCGAGAACGACUGGGAGAUGGAAAGAGCGCUGGACUCCUACUUCGAGCCGGCCGUGGAGGAGAGCGCUUUAAAAAGCCAUCUUGAGACCACCUCGGAGCCCGAGUUCUGUGUUGACCUAACCAAGGAAGAAACAAGUGAUUCCAUUAGUUCUAAAACCAGCACAUCUGAAAAUGUUCAGCAAGAAGAUGGCAGCAUGUUCUCUUUCAUUACCUGGAAUAUUGAUGGAUUGGACCUCAACAAUCUGCCAGAGAGGGCUCGAGGGGUGUGUUCCUAUUUAACUUUGUACAGCCCAGAUGUGGUAUUUCUACAGGAAGUUAUUCCCCCAUAUUCUGCCUACCUAAAGAAGAAAGCAAGUAGUUACGAGAUAAUUACAGCAUUUGAAGGUCAUGAAAAAGGAUAUUUCACAGCUAUAAUGUUGAAGAAAUCGAGAUUGAAAUUUAAAAGCCAAGAGAUUAUUCCUUUUCCAAAUACAAAAAUGAUGAGAAACCUUUUGUGUGUGCAUGUGAGUGUGUCAGGAAAUGAACUUUGCCUUAUGACUUCUCAUUUGGAGAGCACCAGAGGGCAUGCUAAGGAACGAAUGAAUCAGUUGAAAAUAGUUUUAAAGAAAAUGCAAGAGGCUCCAGAGUCAGCUACAGUUAUAUUUGCAGGAGAUACAAAUUUAAGGGAUCAUGAAGUUACCAAAUGUGGUGGUUUACCCAACAACAUUUCGGAUGUCUGGGAGUUUUUGGGCAAACCUAAGCAUUGCCAGUAUACAUGGGAUACACAAAUGAACUCUAAUCUUGGAAUAGCUGCUACUUGUAAGCUUCGUUUUGAUCGAAUAUUUUUUAGAGCAGCAGCGGAAGGCGGCCACAUUAUUCCCCGAAGUUUGGACCUCCUUGGGUUGGAAAAACUGGACUGUGGUAGAUUUCCUAGUGAUCACUGGGGGCUUCUGUGCAACUUGGAUGUAAUAUUGUGAACUGCUUUUCAAAUACGAGUUUUAAAUGUUCGGAGCAAUUUUGUUCUGUGUUUUCGCAAAUAUAAUUGCUACCUGUCUGGAAAGGUAGUUUAAUGUGGAGGAAUUAAUAUACCAGAUCAUUGUAACAAAAGAAAAAAUGCCUGUGAUUUUAUUUUGUGAAUUGUGUCCUCAGAUUUCAGAACUAAAUCUUAAUGUUUAUUUAAAUGAAAGCAUACCUGUGUUCAGAACAUGAGGCCUCUUAAUGAAAGGUCACAAAGGCUAUCCGCUAUUACAAACUCUGGCUCCUAAUAGUGCUCACAGCUGCUGGCUGGAUCUGCAUUUAAAUAGAUUGCAGCUGUCCUACAUCAGACUUUUUGUCAGCUAACAGUGCCUAAUUGGUAAGCUAGAAAUGAACUCAUGAUUUAAAAUCCCUUAAUUUUUAAAAAUUCAUGUUUGUAGUUAAUGUCAUCAACAGAGGCAAAGUUAGGCUUGAUCAUGAUUAAAGUCACUUUUAUAGAGGCAUUGGACUUUUUUUCUAAGAGAAGAGUAAAUGUGUAAAAAGAAUUAGCCUUUUAGUUUUGCUACUUGUAAAACUGAAUUUUUUUCAAGACGUGAAUGAGGAGCACUUCUACAUGUGCUUUAAGGAAAGAUUUUUUUCCCAUAAGAGA